CCAUCGCGUCGCUACCGGCCGGCGGCGGUCUGCUCCGGACUGCAGCCGUGUCCUCGCCGCCCUCCUCUCGCCCACGCCUCCCGGGCACUCGCCUGGUACCGGCGGCGGCGGCGCGCGCGGCCGCGUUGGGCGGUGGCGGUUCCGGGGAUGGUGAGGCGGCGGCGCGCGGAGACGAUGCUCCGGGGCUGAGGAGACGCCGGCACACGGCGCGACUGCCGAGCGCAGCGCCCACCCGCGGGAUGGCUCAGGCGGCCGGCCCGGCGGGCGGCGGGGAGCCGCGGGCUGAGGCGGUGGGCGGCGAGGGGCCGCGAGAGCCCGAGGCAGCCGACGGCGCGGCCGGGGGCUCGCAGGACGCGCUGAGCCUGGAGGAGAUCCUGCGGCUCUACAACCAGCCCAUCAACGAGGAGCAGGCGUGGGCCGUGUGCUACCAGUGCUGCGGCUCCCUGCGCGCCGCCGCCCGCCGCCGCCAGCCCCGCCGCCGUGUGCGCUCGGCCGCGCAGAUCCGCGUCUGGAGGGACGGCGCCGUCACCCUGGCGCCCGCGGCCGACGACGCGGGAGAGCCGCCCCCCGUUGCGGGUAAAUUGGGAUAUUCACAAUGUAUGGAAACAGAGGUCAUUGAAUCUUUGGGAAUUAUCAUUUAUAAAGCACUGGACUAUGGUUUGAAGGAAAAUGAAGAAAGGGAACUAAGCCCUCCGCUAGAGCAGCUCAUCGACCGCAUGGCCAACACGGUGGAAGCUGACGGCAGCAAUGACGAGGGCUAUGAGGCUGCAGAAGAAGGCCCGGAAGAUGAAGAGGAUGAAAAGAGGAAAAUCUCAGCUAUUCGGUCGUAUAGAGAUGUCAUGAAGUUGUGUGCUGCUCAUCUCCCUACUGAAUCAGAUGCACCAAAUCAUUAUCAGGCAGUAUGUCGUGCACUGUUUGCAGAAACAAUGGAGCUCCAUACAUUUCUGACCAAAAUUAAGAGUGCAAAGGAGAAUCUUAAGAAGAUUCAAGAAAUGGAAAAGAGUGAUGAAUCUAGCACAGACUUGGAAGAGCUGAAAAACGCUGACUGGGCACGAUUCUGGGUACAGGUGAUGAGGGAUUUGAGGAAUGGGGUAAAACUCAAGAAGGUCCAAGAGCGACAGUACAACCCUUUGCCCAUUGAAUAUCAGCUCACCCCUUAUGAGAUGCUAAUGGAUGACAUUCGCUGCAAAAGAUACACCUUGCGAAAAGUGAUGGUGAAUGGUGAUAUUCCUCCUCGGUUAAAAAAGAGUGCUCAUGAAAUCAUCCUCGACUUCAUCAGAUCCAGACCUCCUUUAAAUCCAGUCUCAGCCAGAAAACUGAAACCAACUCCACCACGGCCACGGAGCCUCCAUGAAAGAAUAUUAGAAGAAAUUAAAGCAGAAAGAAAGCUGCGGCCUGUUUCACCAGAGGAGAUUAGACGUAGCAGAUUAGAUGUAACUACCCCUGAAUCUACAAAGAAUCUGAUGGAGUCAUCUAUGGUAAAUGGAGGUUUGACAUCACAAACAAAAGAAAACGGGUUACGUACUGCACAGCAGGUGCCUGCACAGCGGAGGAAGCUCCUCAGAGCCCCAACUCUGGCCGAACUGGACAGCUCGGAGUCUGAGGAAGAAACCCUGCACAAGUCGACCAGCAGCAGCAGCGUGUCUCCCUCUUUCCCUGAAGAGCCAGUCCUGGAGGCCGUGUCCACAAGGAAGAAGCCUCCCAAAUUCCUACCCAUAUCAUCAACACCCCAGCCAGAGAGACGGCAGCCGCCCCAGAGACGACAUUCCAUUGAAAAGGAAACGCCUACUAACGUGAGGCAGUUCCUGCCGCCUUCCAGGCAGAGUUCCCGCUCUCUUGUUCCUAGGAUAACCAGUGUAUGGCCAAGGACGCCUUUUCGACCACUUUUUUCUACCAUACAAACAGCUUCUCUGCUCAGCUCUCAUCCUUUUGAAGCAGCCAUGUUUGGGGUAGCAGGGGCUAUGUAUUAUCUGUGUGAGAGAGCUUUUACCAGCAGGUGGAAAUCCUCAAAGGAGGAAUUCUGCUACCCAGUGGAAUGCCUCGCUCUUACUGUGGAAGAAGUGAUGCAUAUUCGCCAGGUCCUGGUGAAGGCAGAGCUGGAAAAAUAUCAACAGUAUAAAGACAUCUACACCGCCUUGAAAAAAGGAAAGCUCUGCUUUUGUUGCCGAACCAGGAGGUUUUCCUUCUUCACUUGGUCUUAUACCUGUCAGUUCUGUAAGAGGCCGGUGUGCUCACAGUGUUGCAAAAAGAUGCGGCUGCCCUCCAAGCCAUACUCCACUCUUCCUAUCUUUUCAUUGGGACCUUCUGCUCUGCAAAGAGGCGAAAGUAUGAGGUCAGAAAAACCCUCCGCUGCUCAUCAUCGACCACUGCGGAGCAUUGCCAGGUUCUCCUCAAAAUCUAAGUCUAUGGACAAAUCAGAUGAGGAACUCCAGUUUCCCAAAGAGUUGAUGGAGGACUGGAGCACCAUGGAGGUGUGUGUGGACUGCAAGAAGUUCAUUUCGGAAAUCAUCAGUUCAAGCCGGCGCAGUCUGGUGUUGGCCAACAAACGGGCCCGAUUGAAAAGGAAAACGCAGUCUUUCUAUAUGUCCCCACCAGGCCCCUCGGAGUACUGCCCUUCGGAGAGGACGAUCAGUGAGAUCUGAGCCUCGUGCCUUUCAGCUGCUUUUGUGCUUAGAGUCAGCGUCCGUGUGCGAGAACACUGAGCCGGGCUGGCUCCCCUUUCUGUGGUUUUAUUUAACGGGCUUGAAUUUGCAUUAGAUCAGAUUUUUGCUGCAUCACAUUGUUCCACAUACUGAAUGCUGUGUUCAUAUCAAUUGAUGAAAUGUGACAGGUCCGCCAAUUGCUCGUUUGCACUGAGUGAGGACAACAGUUUGAAACUUACUUUUGUGUGUGUGUGGCUUUGGGAGCCAGUAAUUACUUCCUUAGUUCAGUUCUUUACUGUUCCUCGAAUAAUCUCCUGACUAAGGCAAAAAAAUCAGAAAAGCUUCUCCUGUGAGAAUCAGCCUAACAGAGACGCCGAUGUCAGCACAGCCCUAAGCAGUAAGUCAUAUUGGCAUUUCCACGUGACCGUGUUUCUAUCCCGUGUACAGAGAGAUCCAGAGCCCUACACUCCAGGACUUGGGGGCUCACCGCACAGAACCUAGAAGCACCUGCUGACACUCUCCAACUGAUUUUUAAAUUAUUGUUGCUUGGAGAUAAAAAUUACAUAAGGGACUUUAUGCCUGCAUUCUAGUGCAAAACAUCUGAAGAGCUGUACACCCACAAGGGUGACUGUUUUCCCUGAGUGGCCGUGUUGUCCCCGUGCCCUGGAUCAGUGUCUCCUGAGUGGAUGACAGGUCUUCAUUCCUCCCUAUCUUGAAUGUAUUAUGGUUACUGAUAGUUUUAUAAUGGAGGUCUAAGAAUUGAAGUUUUGUGGGAGUUUCAGGACAAAGGGAGGCUAAAAGUUUGUGAAGAAGUUGAGCAUAUUUUGGUUACCUCUGAGAAGGGUUGUGACAGUGUACAGUGGCAGCUGUUGGCCACGCUGCAGAAAUGAGCUGGAGCUCAUGCGUUUUCAGCUACGUUUUUCAUCACUUUAUAGUACAUCCAUCUUGAGUAAAUUAAGCCACAAUUUGGUACCUAGGGUCUCAAAAACAAAUUUAUUUUUAUAAAUGAAUUUUAAAAGAAAAAAUAUCUACUUCUUUUAAAGUUAGAAGAAAAGUAACCUGCCGACAGGCAACAUUUUUGGGGUGCUUUCUGCACUAGUUUUCCUUGUAAAUGAUUUGAGUAGGUUGGGUUUCUGACGAAAGUAGACUGGAGGGUAGCAUUGUAUGCCUCAAAUGUCUCAGUGUGUUUGACUCAUACCAUGGGCUAUACUUUAUUAUUCCGGUAUGCUUACAAAUGACCGACCAAUCAAAUUGCCAUUAAAGUUUGGAAAAUCUGUUACUGCACAUGCACAAUAAUUUCCAGAAAGCCGUAGGACAUGUCUGCAGUCAGCACCAGGACAGCACCGUGUCAUGAAAGGCAUGGCGGCUGCAUUUCAUACCACAUCAAAUACAGUAACAUUUCUCUACUAAAUUAACAGCAAUACCUCAAAACUGCUCUGGUAGUAGUUUUUAAUGGGUUGAAAUUUACAGUUUAGUAAAUGGCUUAAAAUUACUUAUGAAAUAAACUUUACCAGUUGACUAAAAUAAUGCAUGUUAACAGUUGGUCUGUAUUUGCAUGUAAAAGUGGGCCACCAGAGAACCCUCAUUGAUUACUUAAUUUAAGUGUUUAAAUUAUUUUAAAGACUCCUGUUUAAGAGCUUUAAGAAUUGUACUGGGUGAAUCUCAUUUAUAAAACUUCCUAAGAGCCUAUCUGAACUCUAUACUCCAGACAGUUAGGUGGGAGUAGAAAUCUGCCCCCUUUGAUGACCCCAGGCUUGAGUUUUUAAAAUGACUACCCAGAAGGGCACAAGGGGGAGGAAGUAGUAUUUGUAUAUGUAUAUAAAUACGCACCUAGGAGAAUGUGCUUUUUAAAAUAAUUACUACUGUUUUUAUUAAAACAUAAGAAACUACACCCCCAAAAUAAGACUUUGAUUCACAUUCACAAAGCAAACAUCUAGUAAAUGUUUUUCACUUCACUUUAUGAUACUGUAUUGGAUGAUUUGGGCAUUACAGUCACCUCUUACCACAGCGUAGAACAUCCAUUCUUCAACAGCAUUAACAGAGUUUGCCAAGUGCGUUAAAGAGGUCACAGGGAGGGUACGUUCAUAUGAAACAAUCUGCAGAAAGGGCACAUGGCACAAAGUUGUAGAAAUCCAAUUACGAUCAUUUUUUGUUGCCAAAACAAAGUCUUACAUUUAACCCCCCUUCGUACCAUCCCCCCAACACGUCACCUAAGCUAGAUAUUUUCCAUAGGGUAAUUCACUAAGAACUUGUGGAGCUUGGUUUUAAAAUCCUUAGCCUAGUCUGACUUUAGGCAUAGCUUCCAGUUCUCCCUUCCUUGUCCUGGUUUCUUGUUCAGCUUUUACUUCUAAUCCAACAACAAAAGAGAUGUCUGGCUGGUCUCAGCUAGAGUCUGAUGUGUCUUAGAGCAUGUGUGCAUUUCUGAACCAUCAUCCCUGCUCUCCUCUCAGCUCCCUCCAGGCCUGAGCACCGGUUCCUUUUGUCCCGUACGUCAUAAAGUCACACUAUUGGGAAACCUGUGCUUCCCUCUCCAUGGCUUAACUCCCUGUCAGUGUCAGAGUGUGUAAGAAUGCUUGUAAAUAUUGUAAUAUACUUACUAAUAUUUGAAAGAUAUUCAUUCAGUGGACAGUGGGAAUUAACUCCCAAGGCGAGUGAAAAGAAAUGAUCGACAUGUACAUUGAUUUAACAAUCUUAUUAGAUUUUAAUUCUUAAGUAUUUCAAAUGAAACCAGAAAGUGGUUAUGUAGGAGGCUUAAAAUGAUCUUAUGUCUAAGGAGAUUCUGUUAUUAGCACCAUGAACUCGUACUAUGAAAUUUUUAAGCCUUUUAUUUUUCUAACUAUAUUAAUAUAGGACUGGAUUUUAGGCAUCAUAGAGGAAACACAAAAGUUGUUGCUGUUUGCUAAAGCAAUAUAGCAGAAAAUUCGUACAUGCAAAACUGUUGAAGGACCACAGAGAAAUGUGUACUACUGACGGGGCUUUUACUAGGCUUCCUGCGUGUGUAAAAGUCGAGGUAUUGCUGGCAUUCAGGGUGACAUGAUGGUACUAAAUGUUUUCCAUUCAAGUCUUCUAUUUUAAAAUUUAGGGAAAAAUAAAAUGGCUUUCCAUCA